GCCAGGCUCGCGCGCGGGUUUCUGGCCCUGACGGGGAGAGUUACUGGACGUGCGUGCGUGUGUGUGCGACGCGAACCGCGGGAAACGAACUGGCGCCGACAUUAGCUGCGGUGUCGCCAGCCCUCCUCGUCUCGGGAUGCUUCUCGGAGUUUGUCGCCGCUGAGUCGUGCGGGGACAGAAGGGCGGGUUCUCCGCGGCCUCAGUAGCACUUAGCACCGCGGUGUGGGGCCAACGUGGAGACGGAGGGGAAGGGCCUUCUACGGGGGGAGUUCCGAGUGGUCCUUAGGUCACCGCGUUGCCUGAAAUAAAUCAGAAUGAGUUAUACAGAAAAGCCCGAUGAAAUAACAAAAGAUGAGUGGAUGGAAAAACUCAAUAACUUACAUGUGCAACGAGCAGACAUGAACCGUCUCAUCAUGAACUACCUGGUCACAGAAGUGAAGAUGGUUUUCUUUUCAGAGGGCUUUAAGGAAGCAGCAGAAAAGUUUCGAAUGGAAUCUGGUAUUGAACCAAGUGUGGAUCUAGAAACGCUUGAUGAGCGGAUCAAGAUUCGGGAGAUGAUUCUGAAGGGUCAGAUUCAGGAGGCCAUCGCCCUAAUCAACAGCCUCCACCCAGAGCUCCUGGACACAAAUCGGUACCUCUACUUCCAUCUGCAGCAACAGCACUUGAUUGAACUCAUCCGCCAGCGUGAGACUGAGGCAGCAUUGGAGUUUGCCCAGACGCAGCUGGCAGAGCAGGGUGAAGAAAGCAGAGAGUGCCUCACAGAGAUGGAGCGCACACUGGCCUUGCUAGCCUUUGACAGUCCUGAGGAAUCGCCCUUUGGAGAUCUCCUUCACAUGAUGCAAAGGCAAAAGGUGUGGAGUGAAGUUAACCAAGCUGUUCUAGAUUAUGAAAAUCGUGAGUCCACACCCAAGCUGGCAAAAUUACUGAAACUGCUACUUUGGGCUCAGAAUGAACUGGACCAGAAGAAAGUAAAAUAUCCCAAAAUGACAGAUCUCAGCAAAGGUGUGAUUGAGGAGCCCAAGUAGAGCCUGUGUAGACCCAGCACACAGGACUCAUCUCCCCUCAGGCUGCCACUGACAGAUUCACUGCAAUAGAGAACCUUUUCCCCUGUACUUUUCUUUAAACUCACAUCAUUUUAAAAGGAAAAAGAGCCUUUUAAAUGCUGGCAAACCCAUGGUGAAGGACACCAUCUCUGGAAGCCUGGCAUGGUCUGUGUACUCUGCAUCCUGAGGGCUGCACUUGCUGCAGUUGACUGACUCUCCAGUGCUCCUGGUGUUGCUGCCAGGAAGAGCUGUUUGCCACUGAGCACUGCAUUGCUAAAGAGUGUCAGUUCAACUGAAGGCCUCAUGAUUGAAGUAUGGAAGAAGCACUGACGUUCUCUUGCUCUCUGUUAGAUUGUAGGCGGACGGUAUGUUUUCCUUAUUUUCUUAAGUCUUGUCAGGACUUCAUGUUCACGUUCCUUUCUCUCUCUCUCUCCCUUAUUCCUUCCCUUCUCCCCCCCCCCCCAGGAAAGACUAUAUAAAUUUGUAAAUCCUAAUUCAAAGAUGAUUUUUUUUGUGUGUGGGUAUCAAGUUUGACUUGUUUUUGCCUUUUGGUUUGGGUUGUGUGGUUUUUUUUGGAAGAUGUGUGUGUGUGAGGGGUGGGGAUGUGUAUUUUUUUAUUUUUUUCAAAUAUAUUUUGGUGCUGUAUGUGAUGAGAGGCUCAUUCAUAGCAGAUCAAUGAACCAUUUCUUACAGGCAGCUUUGUUGAAAAUAAAGGUUUCUCUUUGAUUUCA